AUCAUUCAGCUUGAUAUCGAGCCGCCAUCAUGAAGGUUACCAUAUUAAUGCUGUUUGUCGCUAUCGCGUUGUCUAAUGGAGAUAACGGCAAAGCCGAGAAACGUCCUGAAAAGCCAAUUUCAGAUGUACCGUUUAAAGUUGGACAGAAAUACACGUACGAAUAUAAAACGAUGAUGAGAGUGUUACAUCCUCUGUUGUCAAGACAAUAUCAAGAUGUCAACAUUGAAGCCAUGGUGGAUUUAUAUUUUGCGCAAGACGGCCCUAAUUUUCAAGUCACGAUGAAGAUGAGAAAGCCAGUCUUGAAAAUUGUUUCUGUCAACCCAGUAAACAGUUCCGUGCCAAUCGAGACAAUAAUACAAAGCAAAAUGACCAAAGCCUUGACUCGCCCAGUACGAUUUAUAUAUCGUGAAGGAAUCGUCGUAAAGAUUGAAUAUAUCAAAAAUGAACCAAAAUGGAGUUUGGAUAUCAAAAAGGGCGUCGUUAGUUUGCUGCACCUUGAUGUGUUAUCUUAUAAACCACAAACCGAAAACACCGUCUACAACAAAACUGAGACAACAAUUCUUGGAACAUGUAAAAGUCUUUACACCGUUGCUCCAAAAGAUCGAUUCAUAUUGUUUCAAAAAGGGAUUGAUGGAGACACGUGUGAAAAUCAACAGAUUCAAACUUACACAAACAUGAUUCCUGAAAUUGUCAGAGAAGACGUCCAGUCAAGAAUUCCAGCUUUGAAAGACGCGUCCAUCAAAUCUAUUACUGCUAUCUUCUUUAAUGUUACCAAAACUACUUCAGGAUUUAAGAUCAACAGUGCCAAUGCGACAGGGACAAUUACAUUCAGACCUUUGGGCAAUCGAGAAGACGCAGUUACCUCCAUUACUAAUCAAACUUUAGUUUUGGUAGCUGAGCAAUCAUUUGGGAAAGGCAUCAAUCUGCCAGAAAAGCUGAUAAAAGAGGAUAACUUAAUUAUGAAAUUAAACGACAUCGUCAACAAACCAAUCCCAAAAACUAAACUUGAAAUUCAAAAUCUGAUCACGCAAAUUAAAUCAUUCAUUAAACGUAUCAUCGUGGCUCACCAAGAUGUGAUGACGCCAUUUUCACAGAACCUUGCUGUGAAUACAGUAGAAAUUGUUCAAACAUUACGCACCUUGUCACCAGAUGAAAUUUCCGUUGUUCUCACUAAAUUAGUGGAUGCAAAAAGCAAGCCAGCUGAAACGGAAUGGUUAAUCCGAAUCCUUUCAUUGGUAAAUAAUGAGAAUACAAUGAAGGCGGUACUGAACGAGUUACGCGAGAAACCAGAUGUCAUUCCGUUGGAAUCGAUCGAAGAAUUCAUCUCAGCACUUGGUUCUACUCCUUUUAUUAGCAAAAACGUGGUAGUUCAUAUCCAGGAUUUUUGUCAAUUACCAGUUGUAAAGGGUAACAGAACCCUUCUUCUUACUUGUCUUACUUCAUCAGUCAAUUUGAUGAGAGCGCAGUGCAGAAAAGCACCAUUCUGCAAGUUAACUGUUCCGGAGAUUUUGCGGACAAAACUUGAAAGUAUAGAGAAACUAUCCACAUUUCCAACUGAAGAAUUUAAAGAACCCGAGGUCCUCCAAAACUUGGUGAUUGCUCAAACCUUGGAAUCUCCUGAACUUGCCGAUAUUCUUGUCAGAAUCGCUAAAAAUAAGAAAUUGUCGACUCAUGUUCGCGUUAGAGCUGCACUCGCCCUUCAGCCAUUAACCUUGAAAUUAAAAGAAAAAGUGUUGUUCCCAAUGUUUAAGUUAUACCGAACACGCCAGGAAUCAGAAGAGCUUCGUCUUUCAGCCAUCACCACCGUGCUGGAGCGCCCCACGCCAAGCAUUGUCAUGGCGUGUGUGCAAACUCUUAAGAUGGAACCUUCGUUGGCAAUUAGAAGAGUUAUUUUCGACUCCAUCGUUAUUCUUUUGGAUCGAAAAGAUUUGCCAGCUGAUUUAUUAAAAACUCUUGAAACUGCGCGAGACAUUAUUAUCCGGCGACGAUUAGCUCCAAUCAACCACCGAUGGAUCCGACCAAGCAUUGUUACAGCAAUCAAACUUUCCGAUUCAGCACGUCUCGAGUUGGUUCACAAAACUAAUUUUGUCAACAGUACUGUUGUGCCAAGAAGUCUACGCAGCAAACUUGAUAUUAUGCUCAUGGGACAACGAAUCAAUAUUCUCGAUGUUGAUAUGAGGGCUGAAGGAAUACAAGAAAUUUUGACAAAACUAUUUGGAAUUGUGCCAACGGAAUCCAAUACUUCGAAGAAAGCGCCAAAAAGAAAUGACAAAAUGGAGCAUAGCGCUACCCCUGUGCAGGAUGAAGAUUUUAAACUGUUUGCAAACAUCCGAUUAUUUGGAAAACAAUGGACGACUUUGUAUAAAUCCGCCAAGACCAAAGCUGCACCUUUGAAAGAGUUAUUUCUCGACAAUAUUUUCAGCUUUAAAGAACUUGCAAAAUUAUUAAGUGAAGGCCAUCAGCGUUUGACUAAAAAGACCAUAAUGCCAGUGGAAGGCAUCGUUCGUAUUCCAACAAUGUCUGGUGUGACUUUGGUGCACAAUAUAACAUCUCUAAUGCUGAGCAAAACAAGAACUGUCGUGAAAGCUUCAACAACACCAAGCUUGUGGAGUUUAUCAGCACUUUUGUUUCGAUCAGUAAACAAAGCUGACGUCACAGUCAGUGUCGACAGCAACAAUCGAAUAUUAAUUACUGGUGGAGCGUACUUUGAAACACCUAUUUAUCGCAGUGGACUGCAAAUCAACCAUCACGAAGACUACCCCAUCAACACAAAAGUCUCUGUGAAUGUCGAUCUGAAGACAAUGAAAUACACAACAGAUGUAGUUUCACCUUCUAUUAAAACUUUGUUAACUCAUGAAAUCGAGGCUGAACAUGUUGUCUUUCUAAGAAGUCCUCAAAAGCCCAAUAAAACGGUUUACAGACAGCCAAUUCCUCUUGAAAGCAUCGUCAAAAAGUAUAACAUUCUGCAAAAUAGUAGCAAGCCAAUAGAGCGAAAAUCGAUUGUUCAGUUGAAGGUAGGUCCCAAAAAAUAUUUGGCGGUAUCAAAUGGUCGUCUAGUCGUAUCCCCUACGCCAGAAAAUUUCAUCAUCAUUAGAAAAGGCUAUACAGGACGAUUUGCAGCAUUGGCGACAACAAAAUCUGGUUAUUUGAAGGCGGAUCCCAAAACCCAACAAAUAGUUUUAUCUCCAACCGAACCCUCCCUUUGGAGGCCUGAUCUUUCACCUGACAACAUCUUAAGGUUAUCAACUUUGGUACCAACCUCUAGAAAGGAUACGCAAAAAAUAAAACCACGCUCAUGCGUGUACAGACUUUAUCGUUACGUUCAAGAAUUGCAAAGGGAAGGUAUUGAAGCCAAAGAAAUUGAAAGAUUUUAUAAAAUGUUUAAUGACAAUGAAGAUGAGUCCGUUCGCAUCAUGACUUUAACUGCAUCUGGAGACAAAGUUAUUUUAGAUGACGGAGCAACUAAGUUAAAAGUUGUGGUCGUAAAGUCUACCACGUCUUACAUCAAAGAGAAACUUGCAGAACGACCAAUCUGCUAUGGAGAAUCAUCCAAAUUUCCAAUCUGCAUACAUGGUUGCGUCAGUUAUGGUGCCAACCCAUUGGGAUUUUUCACCCGAAUGUUGACUCCAGCACUCCUCAGCAUUGAUAUGCGUCCACCACAAGCGUUGAAAAAAAUUGUAGCAGAAAUUACUCGAAGAAAAGAAGGCGUUGAAAACGUUAUCUAUGAACUUAAGCUUACUUUCGAUGGACUUACACCGGACCAGCAGAUUCUUUCAACUCUGAAAAUCUGGAAACAGACGAAAAAAGUGUCACUGAUAAUACAGUCUGGACAAGAAUCCAAACUGAUGUGUGUAAACAUUAAGUACCCACGUGACAUGGUUUCAUUCGAUGUUAGUUUUGAACCAACUUGCUCACUUAAACACGUGACGUUGCAAACAAGAGCUAGCAUGAUGUAUCCGCGGUACUCACAAGAAAUAAUCCUCACAACAACCAUGAAAAAUCUUCCUGCUUACUGGAGAUCUAAAAUCAUUUUUAUAUCAAAAGGGAUCGUGGAACCGCUUCCGUAUGUCGCCAAAGCAAUUCUUGAUGAUUCCCUAGAAGCGGAAGUUCUUAAACCAAUCAGUAAAGUAAAUCAUGAUGGCUGUUACUACUGCUCCAAUGCAGUGAAUAACGUGAGCAUUCAAAUAAUGUUGCCAAUGAAUCGCCUUCUUGUAUUGAAAGUGGACACUCCUUUUAACAACUACAAAUACAAGGUUCAUCUUCCAACGACGGUCUUCACUUUACCUAAAGGAACUCCCGAAAUCUCACUGGCUGAAAAAGUUCAUUUUGCACUACAACCUAAAUGUUAUCACGGACACGAUUAUUUUCAAACCUUCGACGACGUGGAAUAUCAUUUUAAACUGCAAAAUGAAGGGUGUGAGUACAUUCUAAUACAGUCAUGCAGCGUGGCUCUACCUCGAUUCUUAGUGACUGAAAAAAAGAUGGGAGAGUUAAAAGCACUACGUAUUGUGUUAGAGGAUAAUGAGAUAAAAGUAGUUCCAACUCAUGACUCUAAGAUUGCACCUACAAUAAUGGUCAAUGGAGAAACAGUCUCUUUGAAAAAUAAUAAAUUGAUACAAUUGUUAAAGAAGUCAUAUAAAUUAGAAUUAAUUUUUGAUAAGGAAUUAAAACAUUUGGUUCUCAUUAAUGAAAAUUUAGGCUUGCGAGUUAUUUUAAAUAGUGGUAGAACUGUUACUGUUCGAAUUUCUCCAGUCUUAUCCUCAAAAGUUUGUGGUCUUUGCGGAAACAUGGACUCUGAACAUUCCGCAGAAAUGAUCACUCCAGAAAGGCAAGUUGUAAAGAACGGAGAACUGUUCGGUGUGUCGUGGUUGAUGCCAGCUAAAGAUUGUCGUGAAAAAUGCUCCAUGGUUUUGACGAAAGAUGUUAUCAUUAAACCUACUCCUGGUCUCGUUUGCAAACCUCUCAUCAAGCUCCCUGUUUGCAAACCCAACUGUGAACCGUUGCAUCAAACCAAGAUCUUAAACGACGUUCCAGUUGUUUGCAACAAAAGCCAAAGGAUGAAUGUACCGUUUAACAUGGAAACCAAAUGCCGUUGCUCGUGCCCAAAGUCAUUUUUCUAAAAUAGGAAUUUCGAU